UGAGUUUCCUGAAGUUAUCGACUCGAUAGCUCACUGUGCAGGUACGCUCGGUCUGCUGUGGCGCCGGGGGCCUGUCGUGUCCGUCAGAUGGUCUUUGGAUUCCACUGGGACAACGCAGCUCGUAACUAAGGAAGAUGUCCUUGCCAUCAGAAAUGAGGUGCCUUGUUAAGGAGACGGAGGGACAAGGCUACCAGUUAGUGAAGAGACCAGUUCCCAAACCUGGUCCUGGUGACGUAAUCAUCAAAGUCGAAAGGGUGGCAAUAUGUGGCUCUGAUAUUAAUCUUUGGAAGUGGAAUGAAACAGCCCGCGUCAUAGCAACGCUUCCCUUCAUACCAGGUCACGAGGCAAUGGGAGAGGUGGUGGCUUUGGGCGAAGGAGUCGUUGAACUGAAGCUGGGUCAACGUGUUGCUGUUGAAAACCACUUUUACUGUGGCUCUUGUUAUCUCUGUAAGGAGAAGAGAGGAGACAUAUGUAUGAGGAUGAACCAAUACGGGCAUGGUCGUGGAACAGAUCAGGGUGGCUGUGCUCAGUAUUCACGUGUUCCAGCACGCUACUGCUAUGCUCUAACCACCAAUCUGACUGCAAAUCAGGCGGUAUUACUUGAACCUAUGGGUGUUGCACACAAUGCAGUAGAGAAUAUUGAAGUAAAGGGAGAAAAUGUAUUGGUACUUGGAUGCGGACCAAUUGGACUGUUUGCUAUUGCUGUCGCUAAAGCUCUAGGCGCUCGUGAAGUAUUUGGAGUGGACAUUGAGCCUGGGCGAUUGAAACUGGCAGAGGCAAUGGGUGCUACUGUCACUGUCGAUGGAAAUAAGGAGGAUAUUGGAGAAACCAUAAUGCGUCACACAGACAACAAUGGAAUUGGUCGCAUCAUAGAAGCAAGUGGAGCAGCUUCACUCCUUAAUAAAUCAUUUGGCUGGCUUAGAAAGGGUGGGCAGAUGGCAUUGAUUGGGAUUCCAAAAGCACCGUUGCAUGUAGAAAAUGUGCUCACAGACCUUCUCUUCAAGUCCCUUACACUGAAAACUGUGCAUGGAAGAAGGAUUUUUCAUACUUGGAGUGUGUGUGAACAACUAAUUGCGGAUGGCCUUGUCACCGUUGAUCCAGUUAUAUCUCAUGAACUAGCGAUGACGCAGCAUGAAUAUGCUUUCCAGCAGCUUAUUGGUGGGCAUGCAUGUAAAAUCAUUCUGGAUCCUCAGAAUUGAAAUAAAUCAACAGGAUUACCAUUAGGCAGUGUCUAGCCUGAAGUGGAAACUGGACUUUUAACCUGGCUUAUUCAUUUUCCAAACUCACGGUUACUUUUAAUCCCUAACACAACCCCCAGUAUGAAUGAAGAGUGAGUGUUCUGACACAUCAAUCAAUCUUACCUUGCUCCCAUUCAGCCUCCCUGGGGUCUUAGAACUUUGACCCCACCUCAGUUAAACAUUGUGCUAUUCAUAAUUUCUUAUACACAAUAUUAAUUUCCUUCCAAAUCCAAACUUUUUGUGUCUCCUUGUUAAGAAUACAAAAAUACUGACUGUGAUCAUUACUAGGGAUCUACAUGCACACUUGCAGUAGUGAUACCUUUGUGUUUCUGUAGAGGAACUGUAACAUCUGGGCAAUUUGGUGAUCACAAAAAAAGUGUUAAUGGGUUUAUUUGGUGAUCACAAAAAAAGUGUUAAUGUGUUUAUAUUUGAAAUUUUUUGUUAAAAAAAUUUUUCAAGCUAAAAAAAAAAUAGUUUAGCUUUGCGACCAAAAUAAUCAAAAGUGGAGAGUUGAUAGUUUGGUUGAAAAUCCUGCUCCACAGGCCAGUUGAUCAUCAAAAGGGUCAUGGUUAAACACAGGUCAGGUUUUACCUUUCCUUUUUGUUGUAGACCUGUGCAGAUGUCUGAUUUGUCCUUUCCUGGACCACAUAUUUUUAACAUGAUAAAGAUAGAAAGCAUUUGUAUAAGAUCCACAAUAGUAUAUCUAUGGUAAGAAUGUGAGACUUCAUAAAACAGGUUUUGAUGUAGUAAAAGCCUAUUUUUGGUAGUCACUGUUGAAUCCUCAAAGGAGUUACUCCUCCAUGGUAUGCCAACACUGCAUGGUGACUAGACUAAUAUCAAAGAAAUUUUUUCAGCCUGGUCUUCUAGCCAGGUAUUGUGUUGUAAUGAUAAAACACUGAUACAUGAUAUAGAGUAUACUGGAAUCAAAGACAAGAGGGCAUUUUUUCUCAUUUUCAGUGGAGCUGUACCCAGAUUUCCUAGGUCAAAAACUGCAAAGUGACACUUGUGCAUGCUCAUCAAUCAUCUUGUUUUAUGAUCGCGCUGGUAAAAAGAUCAAGAACUAUGACUCUGUUAGUCAUUGCAGGAUGAACCUUUACUCAAAUCCCAUGCCUUUUCGUCUGGGAAGUGGGAGGGUUUUGAAGACUCAAUAUCGACUACCAAAAAUAGUGUUUUCCUACGUCAAAACCUUAUUUUUUAUAGCAUAGUCAUUGUUUCAUCAUCAAAAGAGCAUUACUAAGAAAUUGACAGGUGAUGAAAAGCUUAAGCUCACAAAACUUUAAUCCCAACAAUCCCAAAAAAUAAAACUAUAUCACUUCCCAAAAAAUAAAACUAUAUUUAUCAUUUCUGGUCUGAGGUCAAGCCACAAAUUUUAGUAACAAAAUACAAGAAACUAGGCAAGAAAUUAUGUUUUUAUUGUGAAGUUCUGUAGUGACUUACCUAAGCAUGCUACAGUGGGAAGACCCCUGGUUUUCUGCUGUAGUGCCUAUGGGGUCUGGACUAACCACACCACCUACUGAUACAGUGUAGCUGAAUUUGUUUGAGUUCAUGGCAAUAGUGUUUUAAGAAUACAGGCAGCCCUCAGUUAGCGUUGUUAUUGUUAGCAGCAUUUCAGUUUUACAGCACUUGAUCAAUAUAUUCAUAACAGAGUUUUACCCUCAGUAGGGUUUAUAGCAUCAUCAUUAUCUGGUUGUCAGUGGCUUAGGGUAAGUGCCAAGACCACCAUAAAAUACAAACAAUGAAUAUGCAUCUUUUCA